AUGGCAAGGAAGGUCGGGGUAGCAGGGCUGCUAGGGCUUCUGGUGGCGUCGGGAGGAAGUUGGGGAAGGACUGCAACAGAGGCUUCAUCGUCACUUCAUGCUCAUGAAGCUCACCAGCACCUUCAACGAUUGAGAGGGGGUGCCAUGCAGACUGGAGAUGCCGAGCGAAUGCUCAAAAAGAUGGACGCUGACUUUCACGCUCAUGUCAAGGCGCUUGAGAACGAGGACAAAGAAGCCGCUGCCAAACUUAACGAGAUUCAGAACAAGUUUGAGAAACGUAUUGAAGAGAUCGGGUUGAAAGGGCGAUUGCGUGAUCCUGGGAGGAAGCAGAAGAUUGUUGACAUAGGCGUUCCCGUUGACGAAGAAAUCUACGAGAUGCUCUUGGAAGAACCGCCGAUUUCACACACAAGACGAAACUAUACCGACGAAGAUCCUUUCAUCCAUCCUGAUGAAAAUGCAGAAAAGGAAUUUCUUGCAUAUUUGGAUAGGGCUGACGAUUUGGGAUCGCCUCCAAAUGCUUGGAUACGCCAUCACCGAUACCCCCGACUUUUCAGGUGUGAGAACAAGUUGGUUGCAUGCCCAUAUGGAAAUGUCGUCCUACCAAUCAAGACAGCACUGCCAUGGAAGACUAGAGCAACUCGUACCGGCAGGACUUUCUUGAAGAUGAAUUUCCGGCGAAAUGUGGACAAGCAGCUUAUCGCAGGAGAUUCCGCUGUAAGUUCAUGA